GAUAUUUAGUGAGCCAAAUACAUAUUAGCCACCUUUACGAAGGAGGUAAAUGUAGUAUGAAAGAAGAGAGACAUUAAGCAAUGAUCGAGACGGACGUGCGGGCUGUGGCUCAUCUCGGAUUCUUGGCGGUGAUCAUUUGCGCUCGUCGCCCUCCAUCAACCCUUGUCUCUACGGCCUCGAAUCCUAGCCCCCACCAUCUCCAGACCCAGACCAAAGAAUGGAACGGCCUACCGCGAUUUCGUCGAAAGAGGAUUACUACAACCUGGGGGUCUUUCGACGACCCAUCCGCACGCACAGUGAGGAUUCGCAAACUUGGUUUACUCGUGGCCUGACCUGGUGCUAUGCCUUCAACCACGAAGAGGCAGCUAGCUGCUUCGAACAAGCCAUUGCCCAUGAUGCUGAGUGCUCCAUGGCUCAUUGGGGACUGGCAUACUCCCUGGGCCCUAAUUAUAACAAGCCGUGGGAAUUCUUCGACAAGCAGGAGCUUGACAGUAUCCUGAGGCGGGGUCAUCGAGCUGUGGAGCGUGCUUGUUCCACCGCGACAACUCCUGAGGAAAAGGCUCUGGCACACGCCCUGCAGUUCAGAUAUCCACAAGAAGAGGCAGCAGAGGCGAAAGAGUGUACGCCAUGGAACAAGGAGUAUGCAAAUGCUAUGAGAGGCGUGUACAAGACAUUCCCCGAGGACUUGGAUAUCGCUGCUCUUUUCGCGGAUGCCCUAAUGAAUAUGACGCCCUGGGCCUUGUGGGAUAUACGGACUGGACAACCAGCAGAAGGUGCUCAAACCCUGGAAGCAAAGGCAGUCCUUGAUCGGGCUCUGGCACAGCAAGGAGGUGAUGCGCAUCCAGGGCUUCUGCACUUGUAUAUUCAUCUCAUGGAGAUGUCAACUACCCUAGAGAUCGCACUGCCAGCUGCAGACCACCUGCGGGGGCUUAUACCAGAUGCCGGUCAUCUCAACCAUAUGCCGACACAUCUGGAUAUUCUAUGCGGUGAUUAUCGGCGAGCGAUUACCUCUAAUUCCGAAGCCAUUCGAGCUGAUGAGAAGUUCCUCGCGCGAGCAGGCGCCCUCAAUUUCUAUUCCCUUUACCGGUCACAUAACUACCACUUCCGGAUAUACGCAGCGAUGUUUGCAGGACAAUCGAAGGUUGCAAUAGACACAAUAUCACAAUUGGAGGCUUCCCUGCCAGAAGAGCUGUUGAGGAUUGAAUCUCCCCCAAUGGCAGACUGGCUAGAGGGCUUUCUCUCCAUGCGAGUGCAUGCUUUGAUACGAUUUGGAUGCUGGGAAGAUAUUGUGAAAAUGGAACUUCCUCCAGAUCCAAAGCUCUACUGCGUGACUACGGCAAUGAUUCAUUAUGCCAAAGGUGUCGCCCUGGCUGCUACUGGGAGGGUUAGAGAAGCUGAGGAGGAGCAUAGUCUCUUUGUCGAUGCCGUCAAGCGCGUUACCAAAAGCCGUAUGCUUUUUAAUAACACCUGUGUGGAUAUUCUCGCCAUUGCCAGGGAAAUGCUGGAUGGAGAGCUCGAGUACCGUCGUGGCAACUUGGAUGCAGCUUUCGCACAUUUACAAAAGUCUAUUGUUCUUGAUGACCAGCUGCCCUAUGAUGAACCUUGGGGUUGGAUGCAGCCAACUCGGCAUGCGUAUGGUGCACUUUUGCUUGAGCAAGGCUAUGUUGAAAAGGCGUUAGCAGUUUACAGUGCUGACCUUGGUAUGGAUGAUACUCUUCCAAGAGCGUUGCAGCAUCCAAAUAAUGUUUGGGCUCUACACGGGUAUCAUGAGUGUUUAGUCAAGCUGGGUCGAACAGCAGAGGCGCGCAUCAUACAGCAGCAACUGAAGGUGGCUGCCGCUAUUGCAGAUGUGCCUGUCAAAUCUUCGUGCUUUUGCAGGUUGUCAACUGGCUAGGAGUGAACACUCGUAGGGUCAGGUACAGACAGUUCUGGAGAGACGCUUUCAAGAAACAAUGUUCCUCACAGCCAUCAACCACAGGAUGCACAGGUGGAGCAGAAAGCCAGUAUUUCCUUGCUUAUGAGCAAAUCUUGAGAGAUGUGCUUAUGCUGCUCCCAAGGGAAUGGUAUAGCCUGAAGCCACUCUCCUGCUCACCUAGAAGGCACGUUAACCUCAAAGUGUCAACCAGCACAGCCGA